AUGACGGCGCUGAAGGCGGGGGAUAAAUUCCCGGAGGAUGUCACUUUCUCGUACGUGCCAUGGACAGAAGAGAAGGCUGGUAUCACGAGCUGCGGCAUCCCAACGAACUACAACGCCUCCAAACUCUGGGCCGACAAGAAAGUCGUCCUCUUCGCCGUCCCCGGCGCCUUCACCCCUGGCUGCAGUGUUCGCCACCUGCCCGGCUUCAUCGAGAACUUGGAAGCUAUCAAGGGCAAGGCGGUCGAUGUCGUUGCUGUGAUUGCUUUCAACGACGCGUUUGUGAUGUCGGCGUGGGGCAAAGCGAAUGACAUCAAGAAUGAAGACAUCCUGUUCCUGAGUGAUCCGGACAGCAAGUUCAGUCGGGGGAUCGGCUGGAACAUGGGCGAGAGGGCGGCUAGGUACGCCAUGAUCGUGGAUAAGGGCGUCGUCACGUAUGCAGAGAAGGAGCCUGCUAGGGAUGUUACUGUCUCUGGCGCCGAAGCCAUCCUCGCGAAGCUGUAG